GUAAUAAUUCACAGUCAAAGUGUGCCAGUCUUUCGUUUCAUGGAAAUCUGCAAAUGAUGUUGAUCAAGCCGUCAGUUCUAAAGCAAGAUUUCCAUAGUUAAAACAGCUGAUUCUCGUCUGAACCCAGCCAAACUCUCCCAUUCACAGAAGACAUAUUUCUGUUAUCAAACUUCUCCAGAAGAGACCUUUAAAUUGAAAUUAAUGCACCACCUUAUACCCUUCCACUUCCGCACUUCCCCCGCACUUGUGUGAAUUCAACAUGAAGUUACAUGAUUCUUACCAACUAUAGCUCCCCCGCACUUUUGUGAAUUCAACAUGAAGUUACCGGAUCCUUACCAACUAUAGCUCCCCCGCACUUUUGUGAAUUCAACAUGAAGUUACCGGAUCCUUACCAACUAUAGCUCCCCCGCACUUGUGUGAAUUCAACAUGAAGUUACCGGAUCAACUAUAGCUCACCCGCACUUUUGUGAAUUCAACAUGAAGUUACCGGAUCCUUAACUGCUUCCCUAUUAACAGCAGGCCAAGAACCCCACACUUGUACAGUUUGACUACCAGUCCGGCAAUCAAUGAUCUCCCCUCUUGUUGGAACGAUGUGCGCCUUACAGUGACUUGUACAUAAAAUCGGGACGAAGUUCAAUAAUAGGUGGGUCGGUGUGACAGUGCCCACCCAAAGCAUAGAACGGCUCGAUACCCUGUCUACUUCAAGAUACUGCAGUCCUUUGCGUGUUCUAUCUUCCCCUGCCUCAACCCUUGCACUGCUCACCUCGCUAUUUGGACUUUUGCCAGCCGUUUAGUAGUAUAUCACCUUCAUUUUCUAGCUAGCUGUGUUAAUUUUGUUCUUAUAUUAGGACGCAAUGAAACUAACGGACCACGAUGUAUGGGGACUUGCCUGUGCCACCCCAUGGCAACAUUAAAAUAUAUCGACUCUGUUACAUUGUUUCCUGUUAACACAAAACUCCGUUACAAAUUGAACUUGGAUCUGGCAAUACUUUACUAUUGCAUUCCAAAACCAGCCGAUCGUAUUUAUUCUCUUCUUGCAUUCCAUUAUAAAAGUUGUAGUUAAACUUAAACUUAAAUUUAGUAUUCCGGUAAUUACUAACAUAUAUUGCUCUUACAGGUUAUGAAUAGGCUAGAAUUGUCGAUAUUGCUGUUAUUAAAUGUAUUUGUAUCUACUGUAUGGUCGAUGGGUUGGCUCAUUGACCUAAAACACGGCGGCCACAGGGCUGCUAACAAAAUCGCCAAUAAAUAUAACCUAGUUAAUAGAGGAAAUAGAGGUGGUCUACGACACAUAUUCCUCCUCGAAACGAAGUCUGACGACUAUAGAAGUAGACGGAGAAGGGAUACAUCUCUUCCCUACAGAAGUAGAGAUGAAAUGAUUCAUGACAUAACAAAUCAGAUUUUCCACGAAAAAAAUGUGGUAUUUGCCGAGGUUAACAGGCAGAACCUGAGCAGAAAAGUAAGAGGAAUAUACCAUCCUGACUCGAGAAGACCGGGAGGAGGGUCCAGUAGACACACGAGAGGAGCGUUCAAUCCUGACGAGUGCUGUGAUUUUAACGAUCCGGAGUAUAAUAAGCAGUGGUAUUAUCGUAACAAUCUGAGGCUUGACAUGAACAUUGAGGGAGCGUGGAAACAAGGGAUUACUGGAAGAGGAGUUAAAGUUACAAUUCUAGAUGACGGUGUAGAAAGAACGCACGAUGACCUGAAGGAUAACUGGGACGCAGAUGCCAGCUAUGAUUUCAACGAUAACGAUUUGGAUCCUUCCCCUAGAAUGACUGACGACUCAGAGAAUAUGCACGGAACAAGGUGUGCAGGACAAGUUGCAGCCUCGGCUAACAACACUAAAUGUGGGGUGGGGGCCGCUUUCGAAGCAAACAUAGGAGGUAUUAGGAUGCUGGAUGGUAGAAUAUCCGACGAGGUAGAGUGUGAUUCCAUCGGCUUUAAACGAAACUACAUUGAUAUCUACAGCAUGUCUUGGGGGCCAGACGAUGAUGGGAAAACUGUGGACGGUCCAGGAAGUUGCACCAAGACUGCUCUUAAGGAAGGUGCAAGAAAGGGAAGACACGGCAAAGGUUCCAUCUUCGUUUGGGCGAGCGGCAACGGCGGGAAAGCAAACGACGACUGCAACCUAGACGGUUACGUGUCGAGUAUCUACACCAUCGCCAUUAGUGCCAUCUCAUCGAGCGGGCUCUCGCCUUGGUACAGUGAGUCCUGUGCCUGCACCCUCGCCUCCGCUUACUCGUCCGGGUUUGGAAAUGAGGAUAAGAUCCUGACGACAGAUGUCCACAAUACUUGCACUGAUGAACACACAGGCACCUCCGCUGCAGCACCACUAGCAGUGGGCGUGCUCGCUCUAGUUCUUCAGGCUAAUCCCGAACUGACGUGGAGGGAUAUGCAACACUUGAUAGUGCGGACAGCCAGCAGGGUCUCCAAUGACAGGGACAGUCAAUGGACUCGGAACGGAGCCGGUCACGAGUUUCAUCCUAAACUCGGCUUCGGAGUUCUUGACGCAACAAAGAUGGUAAACAUGGCGCGAAACUGGACGACAGUUCCCCAGCAGCGAAAGUGCAUGGCCCUCAAAGUCAACCACACAAAUUCUCCAACUAUCGUCCCCAGGGUGGUACCACCGCUACGGAUACUCAACAUGAGGACAACCAUCCACCCCGAAGACUGCAUGGACAAGUCGACUGGCAGAUUUGGUAAGGACCACCUGAGCAAGCUCGAGCACGUGCAACUGUUCCUGACGAUAAGUACGCCCACCAGGGGGGACCUCUUGCUAAAGUUAGUUUCUCCAAGUGGAACAACCAGCAAACUUCUCAGCAUGAGGCCUGAAGACAACGCAGAAUCCAGUUCCAGGUUCUACAAUAACAGGUCUGGCUUUAAGAAUUGGGGCUUUAUGACUGUUAAUUUUUGGGACGAAGAACCCUAUGGAUGGUGGCAAUUACAGAUCAUCAAUGCGAAUGGAAACCCAAACCAUAAACAUACUCAGAUGCAACCAACCAAGCUUAAGAAGUUCAAGCUGAUAUUCUGGGGCUCCGGGGGAACAUCCAGUUCCCACGAACAAGAAGCAGAUGAGGACGAAGAGGAAGAGCUGGAUGAGAUAGUUGAUCAGGACGAAGAUAAUGAUAAUAGUGGUGAAGUGGAGAUGGACACAGACGAAACUCUAGUUCACAGACUGGACACCAUGGUAUCCCGCAGCCCUACCACCGAGCCUCCGAUGGAGCUGCAAGACAUUCACUUCAGACCCUAACGAACUUAGACUGGGAAUACCUUAUCGGCCCUAGUUUGAGUGGACUUAAAUUUGGCCAGCCCCUUUCUCUGAACGGGCCUUUUUUUGAAAAGGUGUCAUUAGAUGCUGCACUUUUACUUGAUUCGCUGAAGUUACAAAUUCAGAUGAACCGAGUAAGUGGAGUAAACAGUCAUUUUGAAACAUAAUCUAUUAAUAAUUAUAUAAUUAAUGUAAUUAUUUCCAUUUACACAUAGAAUUAGAUUCAAACUAUAGCAAUAUAUUUAGCAACUUUGAUAGAGCCUAUUUAACACCUACUGUCUAAACGGCCUUAUUAUUAGUAAAUGGGCUACACGGCCCUUAUUAAGACCUUCCAAAUACUCAAAUAAGGGUCGAUAAGGUGGCAGAACCUCUCCACAACCUAACAGACGGCACCUGAAGCCCGAUCUCAGGUGACAGACGGCAUGUCAUUGUCACCUGGAGCUCGACCAUAUGACUAGCCUUGUCAAGCUGGACCCAGAUGAUGCCGACCUCCCGAUCAGAGCUACCAGAGGACAUCGUCUGAACAGAAAACAUUAAAACCUAACAGUAUAGGCAUCUCAACUAAAGACUAACCGUGCUACGAACAUUUUCAUUGCGCUAAACUACUGCCUGUCGUGUAUACUGUAUAGCAACUUAAGAUUUCUAAGAAAUUACCAUUAUACUAAUUGUUGCCUAAAAUAGGAUAUAUUUUGAAUAUUCAACGACUGUUUUCGUCAUGAUUCUGACGUCAUCAUCAUGACGUCAUCAACCUGUUUUUGUCAUCCCAUUAGUCUGUGUUUUUAGAUAAUUAUUUUAUACGAGUUCCGGUUGUUAUGAGCGAGUACAUGGUAUGUCAGAACGAUUUAUUUUUGUAUAUUUAUUUGGAUGGUGAUGUUGCUGCCAGCUAAGGAAACAUGAGUAACUAUGUUUGCCUGGCUGAUGUAUAACGUUAUAGCCGACUUAUUUCAAUUAUGUGGGAGGCAAAUUUAUUAAGCUAACCCGAUGUAGUGUCCGUGCGAUGAAUUUAUAUUCAUGUAGGGUGCUUUCAUUCAUCUGUUCAUGCAGAUUUCAUUUGUUUUGUAUAUCGAGCAAUCUUUUUAAGUAGGAAUUUGCUGUUUGUAUUCUGAUGUUCACACAUUUUGGUUCGAAUAUCCCUGAUAUUUUGUAUGUCCCAUUUCUUGAUCU